AUGUUCUCUCUCAGAGCUCUCAGAACCGUGGCCUCUCGUAGCCAGCCUACUACUACUUCCUCUUCCAUUCUUCGCUCUGCCGCCCAGUUCAACAAAUGCGCUCUUAGAUUUGCUUCCACCGCACACUUUAAGGCCUCACCCGGAUUUAUCAAAUUCAGCGAGGACCGUGAACUCGACAUUCGAAAGCGUCUCGACGCUCUGCCCGGUGCAGGCAAGAUUUUCCAGAACCCGGACGGUACCGCUCGCAGCCCGGAAGAUGCUGAGCUCAAAGAUCUGGCCAGCCUGACAUUUUUGGCUAACGACCGUCGACUGGCCCUUGUCGACCUCCUGAGGCUCUCUUCCGAGCAGAUCCAGCUCUACAUUGAUAACCAGGCUGACCUUAAUGACUACCUUUCCAACGGCAAGCGCAUUCUGGACAAAAUCCCUGUCGAAGACCCUACCACUGGCGAAAUCACUUGGUCCGUCAUCCGCGCUAACGAAAAGGAAGGCUGGGAACCCAUCAUCUACUACGGCUUUAUCCCGGCUUUGCUUGUCGCCUUUUACUUUGCCCUCUUCCUCGACAAGGAAGACAUUAGCGAGUGGGCUCUCGAGGAACUUAGACUCCGUGCUCAGGAAAAGUAUGAGGGUGAUAGAUCAGAGCUUGCCAAGGAGAGCAACAUUUCUCCUGAAGAAAUCAAAAAGAGAGACGAACUCAUUGUUGAGAGAAUACUUUCCGGUGAUUAUGACCGUCUUGCCGGCUUGCAAAAGGCUGGUGCCGAGCUGCCCUCCUCUUUAAUCUAA